AGAAGUAGAUUGCACAAAACUAAAAUCAACUUAUAAGCCAGACCAAAAGCAUUACAGAGUAGCCAAGACUUAGACGACAACGUCGUCCGCUGCCUCAAACAUCUCGCGACUCGCAGGUCACAAAUAUCACAUUCAAUCAAUCAAUCGAAUCCCAUCUAGAUCUUAUCAUUCAAUUUAAGAUGGGAUUGGGAUACGUGCCCAAAUUAAUGAUACCCAUGAUGGGAUUUUUGUUGAUUUUAGUGCAACAAGUGGUUGGGAUUAGAUUUGUGAUUGAUAGAGAAGAGUGUUUUUCACAUAAAGUUGAAUAUGAAGGUGAUAAUGUUCAUCUUUCUUUUGUUGUUAUCAAGAGUGAUGCUCCUUGGAAUUAUGGUGAUCAGGGUGUUGAUCUUGUGAUAAAAGGACCUACUGGAGAUCAGAUACACGAUUUCCGUGACAAGACAACCGAGAAGUAUGAGUUUAUGGCCCAAAAGAGAGGCGUUUAUCGCUUCUGCUUUACUAACAAAUCUCCUUACCAUGAAACCAUAGACUUUGACGUGCAUGUUGGCCAUUUUGCAUACUAUGAUCAGCACGCAAAGGAUGAGCAUUUUAAUCCCUUGCUGGAACAUAUUUCAAAGUUAGAGGAAGCAUUGUACAAUAUCCAAUUCGAACAGCAUUGGUUAGAGGCUCAGACUGACCGCCAGGCUAUAGUGAAUGAUGGACUGAGUAGGAGAGCCAUUCACAAGGCAUUAUUUGAGUCUGCAGCACUUAUUGGUGCUAGUGUCCUCCAGGUCUACCUCCUGCAGCGUCUUUUCGAGCGAAAACUAGGAACAUCCAGAGUUUGAAUAUCAGCUCAUUUUGGGACUACAAAGUCGUAGCAAUGCAAGUCGGAACGCUCCGCUUAUCAUGUUCUGUUUCUGAACAGAUCCCCAGCUAAUUUGUAUUAGUUGAGAAGAUGGACAUGUACAGGCCAUCCCACUUUUCAUGCAUUAAAUUAAAUUUGAAGUGUCCUUAAUAAUUAGAUAAUUAUCUCACACUUGUUGCAUUUGUAUUGUCGGUACCUGGUAGAGCUACUUUGUCUUUGAAUAAUCAGUAAUUUAGUUUUUCUAA